GGUGUCGCCCUCUCCGACUUGUACGCCUGGAACCCGGCCACCGGGUCUGAUUGUUCGGGGCUGCAGGUCAACGUCUUUGUGUGUGUUGGGACCUCGGGAUACGCGACGACGAUCACCUCGGGGGAUCCGGUUCCUGUGACGCCUACGCCUACGCAAACAGGGAUGGUAUCCGGGUGUCUCCGAUUUUAUGAUGUGCAGAGCAACGAUGAUUGCUAUGAUCUUGCAAGUGAGGCGGGGGUUCAGCUUAGCGACUUCUAUUCAUGGAAUCCCGCAUUGGGGACAGACUGCGCUGGCCUUGAGGCUUCGACGUACGUGUGCAUUGAAACCACUGGGCCCAUUACCACAAUCAACAGUGGAGCGCCUGUGUCUGCGACGGCGACGGCGACGGCCACAGCUUAA